AUGAUUGUCCGAAAAGAGCGAGACGUGGAUGUCUCACAGGAGACUGCCGGAUCUGGCACCUCUCCAGAAGAGGCUGAAGAAAAUAAAUCCAGUAACACCAGAGGACUAGUCCAAAGUUCCAUGCUAUUUUCUCCAACUGCCAAUCAGCGCUACAUCCAUCCUCUUCCCGGGGGACCGCAAGGGUUCAUGCACUCCCCCACCGAGUCGGAAGAACUUGAGUCAUCUAGAAAACAGAUAGUGGAUCUGUCGACCCCGCUAGCAGAGGACCUGUUCGAAUGGGAGACACGUACGUGUGAUCCACCAUAUUACCUGCAAGCUAAUGAAUUAUUCGAGACUGCUGAAAAGCAAGCAGAGCGACAAGCACUCAAAACCCACCCCGAAGUCGUAUCAGCCUUAGAGGACACUUGGAGCCUUUUUUCUAAGGAUGAUCAAAAUCGUGUUCCUCAGGCGGAAUACACUCGGGUUCUCCUUAGACUGUGCCUGGUUCUAGUUCCUGAGCUAAGGGGUCGUCAAGUGGUGGACUUGAUAGAGACCGAAUGGCAACACGAUUCGAAGGGGGAAGACGCCCUUUCUCGUGAGGCAUUCUUUGAAUCAUUUUUCGAGCUGGCUGAUAUCUGGACGCCAGGGAUAGAGGGCCAUGCAUAUGCUGACUUCCUACGAAGGCUCUUCCGCCGUAUCACCGUUAAAAGGAAUGGCCAACGAGAUGGUGCCAAAGAACCCAAGUUAGUGCCAAAGAUAGUGGUUAAGGUCCUUAACAAGGGCGUAACGAAGCCAGAAAACCAAGACCAUGAGCAAGAUGACAUUCAGCAAGUAAAGCUUGUUGUUGGUUCGGCUGCCGAUGGUACAUGCAUAGCCGAAUGGAGCAAGGCGGAGCACAAGGCACUCGAGGCACUGGUAGUCGCACAUAUUAACGGUGAGGAAGACCUUGAGAGCAUUGAGUUGAAGGAAGAAGUAUCGUACAGGUGUGUGGAAUCCUCUGCUAGCGAACCUCUAUGUACUGAGUGGGCGGACCCGGCAAAUAUCGCGCCCAUCGGCGCCGCAGCGCGGGCAUUCCUGGCGAGCGUCUUUUCUAUAGCUCUGAAAGCAGUUAUCCAAGCAAAACAGCAGCAGCCCAAUAACUGCAUUGCCUCGUCUAGUUCCCAUGCAAACCACGCGUCAGCCCGCCAUCAGGAAGAGAGCCUGCAAGAAACAAAGGAGUUAGUUACUGCUGAGCCAUCGUCUCCCCCACUACUGCAGUCGCCUCGCAUUCGCCAACAUUUUGCAUACUACAAUAGCAAAAGUGACUUGCCCCUACGAAUUUCUGGGGUUUCGCAAGAAGAACUUAGAAAGUUCAACUCAAUUGGAUUGCCAGUACAAAUGGAAGGUGUAAAGAGGCUUGUCCUACUCUCGGGAGUACCGCAGCUGCUAGUGGAAGAGCAGCUAACGAAGCAGGAGCAGCCACAGCAGCAGCAGACGCCGCUAGAUGAGCAUGGAAAGGUGUUAAAUUCCGAAGAGAGCAUGAUGACCUAUCACGUAGAGGACAGUCAAUCCGUGUUGUUCCAAGAUCUCAGAUCGUUCAGCGGAAAAGAGAUCUCUAUUGACGAAAUUAAAAAGAUGCUUACAUCCAGUGAGGAAACGAAACCGCCUCAACUAGCUGCCUCUGUAGAUUCAGGACUGGAGCGUGAAACAGUUUCUGAACUACAGUCUAAGCAGGAAUCCGUGCUUAAGGCAGAAGCAGAGCCGGAGGUAGAGCAAGAACCAGGGUCUCACUCACAGCCACAUGAGCAACGCGACAAGACACUAGAUGUGGAUUCAGACUCGGAAAUUAAUCAUGAAGCUCGUAUCCAGAAGGAUAUACAUAUUAGUGCUGAAAGCACCACGGUACAAGAGCCUCCAGGCGCUGCCACAGGAGAGGGAACAUUGGUGGAGAAGUCACCGAUAGUGACAGAAGACGCAACGUCUGUUCAGUUGCGGAAGGCCGAUGCCAACCAUCGUUCGCGGCCACUGCGACACGGAGGACUCUCCAGGGCUCGUAUCUUUCACAGUUCCUUUGACGACUCACUUCAGAAAAUCCAGAACAAGACAUUUCGAAGAUCUAUACUGAUAAACGGAGUCGGCGGCGUCGUUGCUUGCCCCCAACCUAAAACAAAAGGUUUUUCUUUUUUACGUGGCCCUCUAGAAUCAAGGACGAAGGGUCAAUUAUCGUUUGCCCAACUCUCAGAGGACAAACCACAUGUAUUCAAAUCCAAAAUGGCAGCAUAUAAGCCCUCUGCACAGGCCUGUCCCACGAAUGGAUCUGCAGAACUUGUAAGCAGUGAGGGCUUGGUUAAAGAUCCAUGGCCAAAAGAUUACCUUCAGCCCGAGACAACACUGGAAUACAAGCCCGCAGUGGAGCAGGAAGAGCUGGCUUUUGCGUAUGAGCCCAAACAGGCUAUCCUCCUUAUAGGCCCAAACACCCCGGCCGAAUAUCUACUCUCGGCGCUCUGCAAGAUCAGUCGUUCUUUACUCACGCCUUUGGCCAGGCGCUUAACACGCAUGUUGCAGCGAGGAGCACGAGUGCCCAUAUUGGAGGCCCUUCUGCUUACUUUGGAGUUUAUGGCGAGCAAGCGUUCGCGCACUGCUGGGUAUGUCUUGGAGCUGCCUUCUGGAUUCGAGCAGGAUAUCAACUUUUUUUUAAGACAUCUCAGAGACUUGAGUGGGCGGCGGCGGCUCAACUGGCCAGCGUUGCUCUUGCGUCACGCUCACAUUUGUGAACAGCGAAAAGGGUGCCUCACAGGUGAUGUGCAUCCUGCUGCACAUCAGAGUCGGCCUAGCCAAAGAAAUUUCACAGCACCACCAAACGGAGUGUUCUCUCAAGAUUCAUCCGUUGAAUCGAAUAAAGCCAAACCUGGCAGCGAGACUCAACAUUCUGUCAGUGAAACAGCGGAAGGAAUCGUCUCUUCUCUUGGGAUAUCCUCGGAUUCUGGGCCUUUGCAAAUAGCUGGGGGUACUAGCAUAGAAGUCUCGAGUCUAGAUAAUAUCCAAGUCAAUGGAAUGGAACAUGGGUCGAUCCAGUUACACUGCGCUAGCCUGCCUGCGUGGCUAAGUGCUUGUGGUGCAGCUGUCGAUGGCUCAAUAGAUGAUAGGCAGCAUACAGAUUCUGACACGCGAUAUCCGCCGCUGGUGCCAAAGGAAGCACGGAUUGUGGAGAAAGGGCGUAUUGAGGACAAACUCAGCGAAUGCUGUUUGGACUUGGAGCACCUACCUGCAGAGCAUUCUGCAGUCCCAGUCAAUGCGAAAGGCCACAAGGAGAGAGAGCAGGCUGGCGGAAUACUUAACAGAAACUGUGACAUGCAGGAUGCCAGUACUGAGAACUUCCCUGGUGCUGGGACAGAUAAGAGCAAGAUUGCACAACCAAAGGAAACUACUGCGGACGUGGCAAGACACGUAGAGAACCCGCUUAGUGCAGAUGCAGAGCCCUACGUGGAAGCCGCUGAGUUUCCGCCCCGAAGUAGCAAACAAGUGCACAAUGCAGCUGACGAUAAAACUGACUCCCACGAUACUUCCACUGCUCCUGAUUAUGCUGGAACAUUGGCUUCAGGUGCAAAUAAUUCGUCAGAUAAGAUCAAUGCACGCAGCUGGCCCCUCCAUGCCGGCUCUAUUGUAAAUGAAACCAAUGGGGGAGCCGGCUCUGAUGAACGUUCCGACCACCUGGCGUUGCUGACUGAAUAUGGUGGCUCCGGUGCUUGCUCCUCUAGCUCCUGCGACUGGGAUGCAGAAGCUGACAGUGUGAUGAAAGCCGCCGCCAAGGGUCCCAUGCAGCCACAGCCAAAUCCCCUGGUCGAUGCCUUUCCUGGACGUGCAGUGUUCCUGCAUAUAAACCCAGGAGACAAAUCCUUCACUUCGAUGUCAGUCAAGCAGUUAUUAGGCUAUAGGCCACUUGACUGCUCAAAGAUAUCAAAAACUACUGCGCCGGUGGACACAAGCAAUGGCAUUGUGCCCGACGAAUUUCGAACUGAUGGCACUGUAGGUAAGGGCUUCCUCGCCUUUUGUGAUACAACCACGUUGAGCGGAGCUCUUGUGGGUGUCUGUUCUUUGCGACAAGCAAACAUGUCCUUCUCCAAAGGCACUGCGGAUAUUGAAAAUGAUGAAAGUAUGGACUUCAGCGAUAGGAAGGAUCUAUUAGAGGAGCUCAGAAAAACAUGGCCACCCGAUUUUGAUGGAUUGUCCAACCCAAGCCAGGCUGCCUCUGAGUUAGCAGACAGCAGUGAAUAUGAAUUGUUGACGUCUUCUUUGCUGCUCCAAAAUAUGUUGCAGCUGCUAGGCCCAGAGCGCGUAGUCUUCUUUCCACUUGGAGAGGACCAUGGACAAGACGGCACCGCUUCACUGGAGCAGCAAGUGAUAAUGGCGGGGCCUCGAGACUCUGCCGCUUUGGAAUUUUUAAAAGUCCGCCUCAUUGGUGAAGUUGCUUCCCCUGUGCCAGGUGCGGCAGAUGUUCAAAAUUUAAGUGAGCUUCUGGAGCGAAGCGACUCAUCUCAGGAUCGAGUAGGUGAUGAAGAUAACGAGGAAAAUGAAUUGAGAGGUGGUCAGGUGCCGGAAGGGGAUACAGAUGUGAUCAAUUCUACCAACGAGAGCGCAACGAAUGCCGACGAAAUCGACACAGAGAGCCUUUCAGAAGCUGACGCCACCGCAGUCAAAAGUUCGAAGGUGAUAGUCUCUUCCAAGAGAGGUCCAAUGGUGGAUGACAUUUGGGGGCAGCCUCAGCUCGACUCGCAAGCCUGCUCACAGAAUGUACUCUUGAAAGAUGCUAAUGCAUCUGAAAACACAUUUUCAGACUUGGUAAACACUGAUGAUUACUCAAAAGGACAAGACCAACAGGAGGGACUUCAUUCUACGGAACCGCUGGCAGACUUCAGUCAGUUACUCCAGCGGCGGUGGACAUCGUGGGGUCGUUGUUGCCCUGUAACCCUACAGGAGGAGGGUAAGGCAGUUGAAGGACAAACGCGCUAUGCGGUGGAGUUUUCUGGGAGGCUCUUUCUCACGGCAGAUGAAGAAAAAUAUGAAAAGUUUCUGCGUGACCCUAAGCGAUACGUUGGCAGCCCUCCUUCGCUUCCCCCAACUACAUGCGUAUAUCUCUUCGGACCAUCCUAUGCUGGAGCUUCAAAGCAGGCAAAAAUGCUUAGUCAGACUUACGGAUUUGUUGCCGUGGAUGUCAGCAAAGAAUUGGAGGAGGGAUAUCGCCGGGUUGUAAAGGAAAGACAGGACCCUCUGCAAAAACAGGAGCAUGAGAGUGAAGAGCAGGUGCCCGCCAAUCCACUAGAAAAACAAUGCCUGGCAGAACAAGAAGCAACAAUUCAUAUGCACGUAGAGUACAGCCAUGAAAGGCUGGCUACCGACCUAGAAGCACUGAAAGCACUUCAAAAUGCUGACAAGCCCAUUGACGGAGGCACAGUAGCGACACAGGGCCCGCGAAGUCCUGCAAAUAGCUCGCAGCACUCAUUUUCGAGUGCAGGAGCCUCUACCUCGGGACAUGCCAAUAGCUUCAGAGAGCAGCAAACCCCAAGGGGGUUCACCGAGACUGAAGAAUCUCCUUUCAGUCACCAAUCUAGCGGUACUAGGGAAACCUUUUUUACGCUUUCUGAAAAUGAGCUAUCUCUUGCUGCUCUUCCGCAUGUGGCAGGAGACGACACGGUAGCAAGGCUUAUUGUGCACCUCCUUGGUGUGGAGGAAAAUCUAAAACGGGCCGAUGCAAUCGACAAAUAUAGAGCCGACACGGAAGAAUAUGAAUCAAGGCCAACUGUAGGCAGCAUGCUCUUGAAAUUGAUUCUUCUCACCCACAGAGUGCACAGCUGGUAUUGCUUCAGACAGAAAACUGCUUUGGGUGACCCGUGGUGGCUGGCGCAGCAUUACGGGCAACCAAGCUCCAGUGCAAAGGAUGAAGUUGACCUGACAGACGAAAUGAAUGAAGAGAAGGCAGAUGCUGAUACCUCUGCAGAGGGUACUGGAUAUAUCAAGGAGGUGCCUCCACCCCCGCCUACCGCUCCUCCGCCAUUACUGAAGUUAACAAAGGGCUGUGUGCUCGUACACCUCCCUCCUACGCAAACAUUUCUUGAGCAAAUGGCUAGAUUAGGCAUUGUCUUCGAUCAUCUAAUUCAUUUGACGAACAACCCACAAGACGUGGCAGAGGCGGAGACCGCAGGGGCGACCCAGUAUGCUUUCACAAACUUUGAUACCACCUUUGAAGAUGACAUGGAGCAUCCAGAAGUCAAUCUUGCGGAGCACGAGUUAGAAAAGGAGGCUGAUGAAGCCCUUGUUCUUGAUAUCGAUAUGCGCCCAAGGAAAAUUGAGGCAUUACUCUCAGACUCGCUGAAGCAUCGCCGAAUCCGGCAGCUGGUGGACCCGUUUUUACUAAAACCAGAUCCACCCGAGUGUGUGACUGAUCCCCCAUACCUUGCAGAGAUAUACUCUCGUAUAGAGCAAAUAACUUCUUUCGAGCACCCUCCAGAAGGCGAGGAGUGGGAAACUGCUUCCAAGAGUUUUCCAUUCCUUCCGCCCCUGCCACUGGUACUUUACGGGGACUUUGGGGAGUACUGCCCUGUUGCACUUCGUGAUGAGCGCUGGCUGCUACCAGGGAAGCCCCAGCUCAGCCUGCAGGUACGGCAGCGGGUGUAUAAUUUUUUUGACGAGGAAAAGAAGUACAGGUUUGCUGCAGACACCCCGCGUUACCUGCCAUUAUUCGGCAAGUGUAACGAUACAUGUGAAACAGGCAACGUUGAGGUGCCUCCCCCCCGCGAGAAACGCGCUUACUUGGAUAAUGGCAUGUGCAAAGGAAACUCCUUUCUUGUGGGAUGGCAUUUCAGCAUCGCGUUCUUGGGAUCGCCAGGUUCGGAGGUGGAGAAGCACUUGGUGCACUUGAGCAAACUGUACGCUGUGCCUAUCCUCGAUUUGCCAUCGGCUUUUUCUAAGGCUUUCAAAUCAGAGCUGUUGGUGCGCUGGAGGCAGGCAAAACAAAAAGCUCUGGAGGCCCCUGAAAGCCUACUUGGAAACGGCCAGCGCACAGACGAUAAAAAUGAACACGCCCUGAGGCAGCUAUCUUCGUUAACUCGGAGCAAUGUGUUUGAUGCCGAUGAUGAUGAAUUAAAGCAAGCAUGGCUUUCUAUGCAGCAAGAAACGCAGCAAACAAUAUAUCUGGAAGCCCUUAGAAGUGUCCUUCACACCGAAAUAGGGCCUACCUUCAUACACGGUCAGAUGUUUAAGCACAUACACUGUGAACCCCAACAAGGAGCAGGUUUCCCUCACAGUGCUGGAUAUUCAUAUACACUCACAGGCUCCUAUGGCUUGUGGUCUGCCACUGUCACUGGCAAGACACUGCCACACUGUAGUGCGUAUCAGUUUUGCCAUAUGGGUGGGGUUUCAUCAGCUGGCGUCGCUGAAAAUCCUCUAUUUCCUCAUGAAGGAGCAGCACUAGGUGUAGAUGAGACCGAGUCCUCAAUAAACAUUGGCGACGUGAUGGACAAGGCAGGGAGACUCCCAGACUGCGUUGUCAUAUUCUUGUGUGCCACCCAUCACUUAUGUACCCUGAAAAGCAGCCGUAGUAGUAGCUCUUUGGAGCCCUUGAUUCCUCAUAACACCGCAGUAAUUUUUAUUUUGGCGAUGCAGAUGCACAGACGAACUACUUCACUACCGACACUGGCAGGAAACGAACUGUGGGUUCAAGCUGAUCUGAGUCUGCAGAGCCAAACAAAUGGAGAGAACGCUUUUUCCGCUGGUCCUUUUGCUUAUGAAAGCAGCGGUAGCGAGGCAUCUGAUUUCGGCGACGGAGAGGAAGGGCCCACGUCGGUCUUGUCAUCAUUAACAAAAGCUCGCAAGGCGUUUCUCGAAGAAAAAGCCGCGCGCGAUGCAGUCCUUUUGCAGAGUGCAAAGUCUUUCGCCAUGGCGAGGGUGCCCAUUCUCACUGUUCGAUCGGAGCUCUGCGAAGGCACGCUUUUCGCUGCCUCCUUCUACCAGAAACUCCUCCAUGCUCGGGUAGCAAGGCUCUCCAAGUACCAAAUUUGCUCGCCGAUGGAUGUUGAUGCAAUGGUAGCAAGGGAAGUUGCAGAGUGGUGUGGAGCGCUUCACGUUAGUCUACCCCAGCUGAUACAGGAAACGGUAACGUCUUCUGUUCUGUCCAGCCUCGGAAGGCGUAUUGUAGAAGAUCUGCAGCAAGGCAAGGCUGCAGCCGCAUGCUGCUUAUGCCGCCUCAUGGCAGCUCGUCUCCGCUCUCAAACGGCCAGGCAAAGGGGUUUUCUACUUGAUGGACGGGGUUCUGAGGGCGUAAGGGUUUGUCAACUGAUGGAACUGCUGCAAGCGGGUUCACGGAAACUCACAAGUCUUGCGCGGAGACACCUCCGAGAGCACGAUCGUGGAACUGCUUCAAGCCUCACAGAAAGGAUGAUCUCAACAGGAGAUAGCCAUCCACUAUGCGAUAAAGAACUGGGGGACGAAAUCUCGUCCUUGGAGCUUGCGCAGUCUCAAGAGAAUUGGACAGACUACAACGAGGCUGACUCGAAAGGGGCAGGACCAGCCCCUUCUGACCCUCAGGUGCAAUAUUCAGGUCUGACAGGUGUCAGAGCUGGCGAAAUAUCUACCAGUUCUCCUUCCGCAGGGGCUUGUCAAGGAAUGCAUGAGUCUCCCCCACAUAGAGGGAAGCAUGAUUGCCCACCAAAGAAAAGCGUAAGCCCUCCAGCUGAAGCGCUCGAGGGUAUACGGCAGCAAAUUGAUAUUGUCUUCGUGUUCGAACCCACACAAGACGAUCCACUUGUGGAGGGCCGGGCAACCCAUGACGGUGGUCCCCAGUUGCCGAAGUGCAGCGCAGCAACUGCGCGGCUAUUUCACCUCCAUGGAGACGAUCGCGAUAUUAUUUUGCACCCAGAACUAGCUGCCGAAAGGCGCCUGCGUCAAGAAGAGGCAGUGAAGCAACAGGUGGAAGAAUUUCGCUCCCUCGGUGUUCGAAUAGUGACUGUUCCUGCUGGAAAAUCCGCAUGGAUGCAAUUUGAUGUCGUACAGCGAGAGAUCGAGGGAAUGCUCCGUCGGCGGCACAGCUACGAACGCCUGAAGGCCCAAGGACUGGCAGCUCGGUGCCCAAUUGAGAGCAAAGUGCUUGAAGCCAGCACAGGUCUCCUUUCUACGUACUGUCCAGUUUGCUGGACUAUCAAUCACUUUAUUUGCAAGCCUGGGGAUUACCUGCAGCAACGCCUUCCGGAUUUGCUUCCACGCCGACUCAGGCCCGACGAAGUAGAGGACAGCAACGCCCUCGCUGCACUGGAACUGAGAGGCUAUUGCCCUGUCACUCUGGUUAAUUGCGGGAACCUUGUACAAGGAGACCGGCGUCUGCUCAUUAAAUACGGAGAUCAAACUUUUUGCUUCGCAAAUGAAGACGCUUUGGGGCUCUUCUUGCUCUACCCUUCCGGUUACGCAUCCCGUGCUCAGCUGCCUUCGAAGCUUACUCCUGUCCAGAGGCUAGGCCAUCCCCCAAGAACCCUUGCCAGCAUAGCCCAGGCUGCACGUGAACGGUGCAUGCAGCAAGCAAGGGCUCACGGGUACCCUGAUAACCCACUGAUGGCUGAAGAGGGUAUCGCUGAACUUCGUGACCAGCUAAAGGAUGCUCAGACGUACAUAGAGGGCUGAAGGACAGAGAGAAAUGACGUGGUACCACCAAGCAAAAAGACACUGUAGCAAAUGCUACAUUAUAUGGGCUCGUAGGUCUCAAGUUUGGAUGUCAUAAUACAAGCACUUUCUUUCGCCGGUGAAAAACGCCUGUUACAUCCCCAGUACAACCAAAUCUCCAGUACAGUACGGCUAGUCGCACAUUUCAUCCGAGCAAAGAACCCUUUGAUUGACGGUAAAGCCAAGACGGAGUCAGAGGUUGCUCUUGACGCCUUUGUCAAAGACUGUGAAACUCCUCUUCAAGCCCGUAGAGCCAUCCUGCACCUGCACUGUCACAAGGCAGAGAAAGGAGAGUGCUACCUCCCGCCUGAGGAGCUCAAGGUCUACAGCGCGGAGACAGAGGAGACACGCGGAAAGCAGUGGACGUAUCUCAGCGAACAAAUGUAUUCCAGGCUUCACGAACAAACAGCCAACAAACCGGGGACCUGGCAGUGCGAGAAGAUGGGUUACACACGGGAAGCCUCUGGCUACCAGCGGAUGCGUCUCACUGCGAUGGCAGCUCUCUACGUCGCUGGCUCUAUCGCAGUUCAGGCCGAAGAAAACCCCUGGGGCGACUCUAUGCAGAAAUUUAACAUUCCUUAUGCUCACGGCAGCGGCGUGUAUGUAGAUUUGGGCAACUCGAAAACCGUGAACAAUAAGUGGUACAGGGAGCCAGCCGGUCGCUGUCCAGUGAUGGGGAAGGUGAUUAAUCUGCUGCAACCGACAACUGAUAAAAAUAUCUGGCCCCGUGACUAUUUGGAGCGCGUUCCAACGAAAGGUAGUCAGCAGGACACCACGCCCUUAGGGGGUGGCUUUGCUAUGUGGGAAACGACCCCAACCAACAUUAGCCCGUUGACGCUGGAGGAGCUGCAGAGUAUGGCCGAACGGCAGCGUGCAAAGAACACUCCAAACGAACUUGCCACUAAGAUGCUAGAGAGUGUUGUCGAUAACCACGGUCUCUGUGCUUGGUGGUCCUGGGUGACUUUUGCUUCAAACUCAAGCAACAAUCUAGAUGACAAAUACCGCUAUCCCUUCGUGUGGCAAGAAGACAAACAGACAUGCACCCUUCUUGCCGUGGCAAUGCAGCUCCUGGAAGGCAAUGGGACCUAUUGCACCGCUGGAGAUGAAUCCCCUCAGCUGACUUGGUACUGCUUCCAUCCAGAAAAAAGCAGCAGUGCUGUGUCCUACAACUCCCCCUAUGUCCGAACAGACCACGCAACUGCAUGUCCUGAGAAGCCCAUCAAUGGUGCGCACUUUGGAGUUUGGAAUGGCAGUUCCUGCGCGCGCAUCAUUCCACGACUGAGAAAGAAAGUCAGUGAACCAUCUGAGUGCGGGAAGGCCGUCUUCAUAGCUUCGCCUUCCGACAAUCCUACCAAGUACACGCAAGGACCAGACACUCAGGGUGUCAGAGAAGAAUACCAGUCAGGGGUAGUCACUACUUGGCCCGUGGGAUCACCCUCAGCGGAUCAGCCACGCAGCCGCGGUGUGGGUAUCAACUACGCCAACUGGUACUCCGACGGCUACUGCGAGCUGUAUGACGCAGUCCCCAACUGCUUUACGAAGGCCAAUGGCCAGCUUUCUUUCACUUCUCUCGGAUCAAUCGAUCCUGAAACCGCAGAGCUUCCCCCUUGCACCGCUGCUUCUGAAGGAUGGGAGCUUUCGGUCUACUGCUCGUGCGGAAAUGGGGAAGUCAUCCCAUGGAAAUGUGAAAAUGGAGAAUGGGUUGGAGGAAGCAAUGAAUGCACCUGCAAAAACGUCUUAGGAGCCGCCCUAGGUAUAGGCAUUGGCGUGCUUAUUCCCAUUCUAGCCAUCUCGGGAUAUUUCCUGUAUAAACGCCAGAAUAAGAAUCAGCAAACCCCGGAGAAGAAGCGUCUGCUUUCUACCGAUAGUGAUAAGAACGAAGAAUUCAUGAAGUCAGGGCAACGUGAAAAGCAUAAGCAAAGUGACCUGGUGCAAGAGGCAGAACAGUCUUUCUGGGGAGGUGGGCUCAAUACUCAACCGCUGCUAACUCCCCUAAUAUGUAGCUCCGGAGCGGUCAUUAAUUCAAGUAAAGCGUAUCACUCAGCCAUAGUAGCCACCAGAGAUGACAUUUCCGUAAACUGUUUGCUGUGCUUUGGCCUCUGGCGUGAUGAUCCUUUUUGCAGAGACUGGGCAGGAUCAAACAAAUGUAGUGGUUGA